CCCUCUUCCUUCAUCUACCGGCUGAGUCCCGCCGUCUGCCAGCCAGUGGUUGGAAAGCUGAGCAGAGACCGGUCCGGCCGGAGCCGAGAGGAGCUAACAUAUUAUACUUACACCGCUUAGCACGACGCUGUGGCGGUCUGUGGUCCAAGACAACGCCGGAGGGGAAGACAAAGCCAUGAGAGUCCGGUUACUGAACCAAGAUUGAGCGUUAUAGGAGCUCAUCUGAGCGGGUUUUCAGAGCGCUUCUCUGUUUGCCAUUACGGACACAAUGGGCUGCUGCAGCGGGCGGUGCACGCUUAUUUUUAUUUGCACCUUACAGCUGGUGUUGGCUCUCGAGCGACAGGUUUUUGACUUUCUGGGCUACCAGUGGGCUCCUAUCCUCGCCAACUUCUUUCACAUCAUCAUCGUCAUUCUGGGCCUUUUCGGCACUAUUCAGUACAGACCGCGCUACAUUGUGGUGUACACAGUUUGGACGGCUCUGUGGGUGGCCUGGAAUGUCUUCAUCAUCUGCUUUUACCUGGACGUAGGCGGUCUGUCCAAGGACAGUGACCUGCUGACAUUCAACAUCUCAGCCCAUCACACAUGGUGGAGCGAACAUGGGCCCGGCUGUGUGAGGAGAGAGAUGCCACAUACUGAAGGGGUCCACACCACUGAGAGCCAUUCCUACAUCACCGUCAUGGGCUGCCUCAUAGACUACCAGUAUAUUGAGGUCAUGCACAGCGGAAUGCAGAUCCUGAUCGCACUCUUAGGCUUCGUGUACGCCUGCUAUGUGAUCAGCGCCAUCACUGAAGAGGAGGACAGCUUUGAUUUUAUUGGUGGAUUUGACCCAUUGCCACUCUACCAUGUCAAUGAGAAACCAUCCCAUCAUCUGCUAAAGCCAAUGUCUCUGUCUACGUAAAUAGGAGAACAUCCAGGAGGGAAGUGACACACGCUGAUGGAUCUCAUGGAGGAAAAAAUGGCUGUUUUAACCAACUGUUAGUUCCAUGGCACUGGGACAUGCCAGACAUUCUUCCCUCUCCCACUUCAUACUCUUUUCAGUUCUUCAAACAUGCCACUCACUGGGGGGGCUGCAUGGAAAAUACACCUCAGCUUAAUUGUCUUCCUCUUCAUCAUCCUCAUGAAUGUUUUCAAGUAGUUUUUAUUAUUUAUAUUUGUUGCCUUUCCUACCAACACAACUAUAUAGAGCAGUUUAUAAAUACCUUUUAUUUUAUAAUUGCCAGCAAGUCAACAUUCUGAGUUCGUGUCGUAGCGCCAUCGUCAUUCUGCAUGUCAUCGCUGGUUUGGCUCAGAUUUUGGCCUCGGGGCUGAGUUACAAUGAACCUUGUGGAAUGAACCAACCAUUGUGCGCGCUGGCUGUUUACUCUAGGCAGGGGUCUUUGUGCGUACAUGCACGCAGGCAGGGGCAGGAAAAAGGAACCCAAUCUACAAGGACAUCCAUCAGAAAGAGACAAUGUAAAUAACGCAAUGAGGGCAUGGAGGAAAAAAAGUUAUGGCAUGCGAGUUUUCAAAGUUUUUUUUUUUUUCCUGGAGUCUUGCGUCUGUGAUGAUUUUUCACAAACAGCCAAGUCGUCGUCACUGAAAUGUCAGGUGUUUGUGUUGGACGCGGUGCGUAGGAUUGUCAUGCAUCCGUGGCAUAUUGUUAACAGUCAAGAAACAAGAAAUGUUGCAUAACAUGAUGUAAGAUUAACCAUCUCCAAGUGCUGUCUCCCGACGCCUUUUUAUUGUCAAUGGCUAUAGUCGCUGGUGUUGGAUUUGUAGCCUGGUGUGCAAUAAGAGGGAGAAAAGUGCUUUUGAUUCUUCGGGCCCAUGACUGACACACGGGCCCUAAAAAGUUGUCAAUUAUCAGUCCAUUAGGCACACCUCCUUGUCAGUGUAAUAUUUCAACUGAGCAGUCAAAUGUCAUAUUUAUGUCUCUGACUUCAUUCAUGGACACUCAAUGGUUGUCAUGCCUCCCUGGAAAAAUGCACUUUUUGUUGGUCAUAUAGGGGGGGGAAAGGUCAUUUUUAGGGGGUGACAAAUCCACUGUUGCCUUACCGCCCUCUAGUGUUUACUGAGUGCAAGUGCAAGAGCAGAAGUAUUAUCUUUUUUGUGUCGACUCAAAAUCCGAUGCAAUAAGAGAAGAGAUGUCUUUUUAUUCAGCACUUUGACGUUUUUUAUGUUACAUUUAUUUGUCAUAAUUUUUUUUUUUUUUUUUUUUUUACUGAAUCUAAAGUGCUUAAUUUGGGAUAAGGAUCCAACAAGGUGUGAAAAAAGACCCAUUUUAGUUUUUAUUUUGCAGUGGUCUAUUAAGUAUAUGGCUGGUCAUCAGAUUCCAGUAACAUUGUUACUGGCAGAUGUUCUGAAAAAUGCCAUUUCACAUUGGAUCUUUUCAAAUACAGUUGUCCCUCGUUUAUCGCGGUUUAUUGAUCGCGGACCUUACAAACAAAUAAGAAUCAUUCAUUAUAAAUUGAAUAUUUGUAUAGCAAGAGCAUAACAAAACUUGGAUAUGAUCGUCUAAAUAUGUUUUUCAACAUUUUGAGAGGUUUCUUGACAUGAAAAAAACACUGUAAUCAUUUUUAUACUUAUCAAGUAUACUGAAUUGAUUAACGUGGACCCCGACUUAAAAACGUAUUCGGGUGUUACCAUUUAGUGGUCAAUUGUACGGAAUAUGUACUGAACUGUACAAUCUACCAAUAAAAGUUUCAAUCAAUCAAUGAAAACGAUAGUUUUGCCAAACCAAUCAGUGGCUACGAUACUAAACAGCGCACUGUUUCGGAUUGGUUUACUCUACUGCUGGGGUCCCCAACCAACAGUCCGGGGACUGAUACCGGUCCGUGACACAUUUGCUACCGGGCCGCAGAGAAACAUUAAAUCAUUCAUAAACGACUCCAUUUUCUCCGACUUAACUUUCGCCUGUUCCACUACUAGACACACCAAUAGUUAUUUACAGAUGUACAAUGAAACCAAGUGUUGCCAGUUAUUAUAUUUGUUAGAAUUUUGUGAUACAAUUCACAUUAAUGAACGUAUAAAAUAUAAAUGUGACAGAUUCUCGCCAAAGGCUGAUUUCCAUCUGCAGCUCAUUGCAAGGAAUCAAGCCCAAGGCUUCCACUAAUUCAGCCUUAUAGUGAGUUGUAGUUUUCAUGCACUUACUUUUGCUGUAUUUAUCUGCCACAUGUGGAAAGCCGGUCCGUGAAAUAUAAUGCCUACAUUAAACUGGUCCGUGGUGCAAAAAAGGUUGGGGACCACUGCUCUAGUGGCCAAAACUAGUAUGGUAUGGAUAUUUUUGUUUUGUUUGUUUUUUGCCAUUGUGCAUGCUUGAAAAUGCCUGAUUUAGGCCAUUUUAGAGUAGUAGAAUAUGUUUACUAAAAUGUUUGAAGCGUGAUGUGGCGAGGGACGACUGUACAGUGAACUCCAUUGGAAGGGACAGGUCACACCUAUUGUGCACACUUGGCAAACUGGUGUGUGUGUUGUGUCAUACUCAGUAUUAAAUACAGGGUAACACUUUAGUUUGGGGAACAUAGUCACCAUUAAUUAGUUGCUUGUUAAAGUAACAAAGACUUAAAGGCCUACUUGGGGAACAUAGUCACCAUUAAUUAGUUGCUUGUUAAAGUAACAAAGACUUAAAGGCCUACUGAAACCCACUACUACCCACCACACAGUCUGAUAGUUUAUAUAUCAAUGAUGAAUUAUUAACAUUGCAACACAUGCCAAUACGGCCUUUUUAGUUUAAUAAAUUGCAAUUUUAAAAUUCCCGCGAAGUAUCGUGUUGAAAACGUCGUGGAAUGCUGACGUGUAUGCGUGACGUCACGGACUGUUAGGAAAUAUGAGCGCUGCGCACACACACAGCUAAAAGUUGUCUGCUUUAACUGCAUAAUUACACAGUAUAUGUGUUGUUGAAUGUUUUGCAAUUUGUUCAGUUAAUAAUGGAGAAGUCAAAGUAGAAAGAUGGAGUUGGGAAGCUUUAGCCUUUAGCCACACAAACACACUUUGUUUAAAAUUCCCGGAGGUGAAACUUUACUAUGGAUCAGAGCGGUCAAGUGAACAUGGAUCCCGACCACAUGUCAACUAGCAGUUUUCGGUGAGAAAAUUGUGGUAAAAAGUCGCCACUUACCGGAGAUCAGCUGAGCUUGUGCCGUUUGUACAGCUGCUGUCGACUUCCAUCAGACACUGGCCUCAAGACACCCUUGGAUAAGACCCUUCCGACUAUCAGGUACUAUUAAACUCACUAAAACACUAGCAACACAAUAGAAAGAUAAGGUAUUUCACAAAAUUAUCCUAGUAAAUGUGUCUAAAAACAUCUGAAUCCAUCCCAAUGCAAUCGCGUUUUUUUUUUGCUAGUUCGUCGCUAUCAAUAUCCUCAAACAUGAAUCUUUCAUCCUCGCUCAAAUUAAUGAGGAAAUUGUCGUUUUCUCGGUCCGAAUAGCUCUUUUUGUUGGAGGCUCCCAUUAAAAACAAUGUGAGGAGCCAUCAACGGGUGACAUCAUCGUCUGUGACUUCCGGUAAAGGCAGGGCAUUUCUGUUAGCGACCAAAAGUUGCAAACUUUAUCGUGGAUGUUCUCUACUAAAUCCUUUCAGCAAAAAUAGGGCAAUAUCGCAAAAUGAUCAAGUAUGACACAUAGAAUGGACCUGCUAUCCCCGUUUAAAUAAGAACAUCUCAUUUCAGUAUUAGUUAUUUGGACACUAGGGGAACAUACAAGGGUUAGGCUUACGGUUAGGGUUACUAAUAAGUAAAAAUUCUGAGGUUGUUGAGGGAAGACUUAGUUAAUGGCUUACUGUUUGUAUAAUAAAGCCAUGUGGAAUAAGGCAUUAAUAAGUACUUAAUAAUGACUAAUUAAGAGCCAAUAUGUUACUAAUUUGCAUGUUAAUAAGCAACUAAUUAAUAGUGAAUAUGUGUUCUGUAUACUAAAGUGUCACCAAAUACAGUAAAUGGUUUUCCAUCUUGUUCUAAUGGAGCGUACCAAAUUGUGACUGGAAUUGCAGUAGUUUAAAACUGUCCUGUGUGCCAGUGGCCACUGAAAACCAUGGCACAUCUAUGUAGAUAUUUCUCUCGCUUUGUAUAAAAAGUGUUUUCUAUUUUCACCUCCAUUUUGUGCCCAGUGUUCCUUAUACCUAAUGUGAUCUGACUGUAUUCCUUCUCCAGAGCUGUGCUUAAUAAACCAUAGUUCUCUUUCA